UUACAGACGCGUAAAGUUGCAUAAAAGCGGCUCCGCCGAUGCUAAACUUGCAGCAACAAGUUGAUGUCUGCCUGUAAACUCGGAAGCUGAUUGGCUGCUGCUGCGGCGCCAACGCUAACAGAACUCACCCGGAACCAGAAGUUCUGCAGCGGGCUGAUGCAGUGCCGACACGCCGCCGUUUCCUCCCUCAGCGGGGCGCUGGUGGUCGGGGGGGCGGCCUACCUGCUGCGGCAGAGCCGCCUCUGCGGUCAGUACGGCCGCUACGCGCAGGCGGACAGCCGCUGCUGGCCCGCCCCGCUGGCCUGGUUCCUGCAGGAGGUUCCGGCCUUCCUGGUACCGCUGCUGCUGCUGCUGGGCUCUGAUGCGCCGGACCAGGGGACCGGGAGGACGCUGCUCCUUUGGACCUUCAUGCUCCACUACUUCUACAGGAGCGUGGUCUACUCUCUGCUGACCCGAGGACGGCCGGUACCGCUGAAGAUCAUCGUCUCCUGCGUUAUCUUCUGCUCUGUGAACGGCUUCCUGCAGGGACACCACCUGCUGCACUGCGCCCACUUCCAGCACACCUGGCUCUCCAACGCGCGCAUGGCAGCAGGUGUUCUGCUGUUCUACCUCGGUCUGACCAUCAACAUCCACAGUGACCACAUCCUGCGUGGGCUGAGGGAACCCGGGGUGUUCGUCUACAGGAUCCCUCGCGGGGGGAUGUUUGAGUUCGUGUCUGGAGCGAACUUCUUCGGGGAGAUCGUGGAGUGGUGCGGCUACGCUCUGGCUGCCUGGUCCCUGCCGGCCUUCGCCUUCGCCUUCUUCACCAUCUGCUCCAUCGGGCCCAGAGCCUACCAUCACCACAGAGAUUAUCAGCAGCGAUUCCAGGAUUACCCUCGCUCCAGGAAAGCCAUCCUUCCCUUCAUCCUCUAACCGUGGAGGUCCAACAGCUGCUCAACCUGCAGGUUUCCUCUCAUCUCUGCCUGAUUUACUGAGUGGGACGCCCCGAAAGUCACCAGUUCCCUGAAGGUUUGGACAUCAGAGCUGUUGGCUGAUGUUCCAUCAUCAUUUUCUUUUGCAUCCCUGGAAAGUCAGCCAUCUGCAAACGUAGCUGCUCCACCAGGGUGCUGCUUCCAGCUUCUAUUAUGAGUCACUUCCUGUUAGUUUGCUGUAUGUUGCAUCACUUCCUGUUAACAUGUUAAAUAAUUUGUUAGGUGUCAUAACUGAUGGUAAACUUAGCUGGAAGCUCAUAAAUGUUCAAAGUGUUGAAUCUGCUGUUCGUUUAGUUCCUAUGCUCCACUGAUCUGGAACAAACUGCCAGAAAACUGUAAAAGUCAGAAAGCCUGAGUUCCUUUAGAUCAAGAUUAACAGCCUCUUUGUUUAGUGCUGCCUUUAAAUGUUAAGGUUGUAGUUUGUGUCUGAUAUCUGCUAUUAUUCCUCUGUAAUGUUUUCUUUAUUCUGUUCAUCUUCAGCUCUUUGAAUUCUCUCGUUAAUGUUCUAUAAAUAAACUCGCCUUGUUCACUAACCUUAACUUAUUUAAGUUACUGUGCAAACAUCCGGGGCAACUAUUAUUAACAAUAACACCUAAAAUCAGUAAGAAUAAUUCAUAAGGUGGGAUAUCUGGGUCUUACUAUUAUAGAAUCUAAGUUAUUAAAAUUAAUUGAUAUAAUGAAACUACAGAUUGCUCUAAUUCUAUACAGAGCUAAAAAUAAACAAUUACCAGAAAGA